GGUACGAAACCACUUGCUACCGGUAGUGCUCCUGCCAGAGGCGGACCUUACCGUUUAGGUAAUGGACAUGUACAAAGAAUGAUAACGUACGUUGGUCUCAUUCCCUCGACUUAUAUUGGCCCUGUAUAAGUAAAAUCGCAAAAAUAACUAGACCAAGACCAUACAAGAUCAUACACGCACAUUAAAAAGGAUGUAUGAGGUACAUGUAGCAGAUGUCGUCACAAUCAAUGGCACACAACAGAGACACAUAAGAACACAGACUGGUACACUUCAAAACUGUGAUGUUUCUGGCAGAGAGUUUUGUAAAAAUAGUCAUUUGAAGAGACAUGUGAAAACACAUACUGGCAAAAAACUUCAUAAAUGUGUUGUUUGUCCUAAAGAAUUUGGCCAGAGUAGUGACUUGAAAAGACACGUGAAAACACAUACUGGCAAAAAACUUCUUAAAUGUGUUGUUUGUCCUAGAGAAUUUGGCCAGAGUAGUGACUUGAAAAGACACGUGAAAACACAUACUGGCAAAACACCUCAUAAAUGUGUUGUUUGUCCUAGAGAAUUUGGCCAGAGUAGUGACUUGAAAAGACACGUGAAAACACAUACUGGCAAAAAACUUCAUAAAUGUGUUGUUUGUCCUAGAGAAUUUGGCCAGAGUAGUGACUUGAAGAGACACGUAAAAACACAUACUGGAGAUAAACCUUACAUCUGCGAUGUAUGUGGAAAAGGGUUUAGUCAGUCUGGUAGUUUACAGAUUCACAUGAGAAUACAUACAGGUGAAAAACCUUAUGACUGUGAUGUAUGUGGUAAAGGAUUUAGUCGUCCUAGUAAUUUACAAAGCCACAUAAGAAUACACACAGGUGAGAAACCUCAACAUGUUCAUGAUUGCGAUGUAUGUGGUAAAGGGUUUAGUCAGCCUCGUUAUUUACAGAUUCACAUGAGAACACAUACAGGAGAUAAACCUCAUGAAUGUGAUGUAUGUGGUAAAGGGUUUAGUCAGUCUGGUAGUUUACAGAUUCACAUGAGAAUACAUACAGGUGAAAAACCUUAUGACUGUGAUGUAUGUGGUAAACGGUUUAGUCUGCCCGGUUAUUUAAAAAUUCACAUGAGAACACAUACAGGUGAUAAACCUCAUGAAUGUGAUGUAUGCGGUAAAAAGUUUAGUCAACCUAGUAAUUUACAAAUCCAUACAAGAACACAUACAGGUUAUAAACCUCACGACUGUAUUAAAUAUAAUGAGGAUAAAGCAAAUACAGGCUCGCAUGAGAACGCAUGUAACUACACAGGCUAUAAACCUUAUGACUGCGGUGUAUAUGGUAAAGGGUUUAGUCAACAAAGUAAUUUAAAGAUUUACAUGAGAAUGCAUACAGUUCAUAAACCUUAUGACUGUGAUGUAUGUGGUAAAGGGUUUAGUCAGUCUGGUAGUUUAAAGACUCACAUGAGAACACAUACAGGUGAUAAACCUUAUGACUGUGGUGUAUCUGGUAAAGGGUUAAAUCACCUUGGUAGUUGAAGAGACACACUAGAAUACAUACUGAGGAUAAAGCAGAUUAAACAGGAUAAGCUCACAAUGAGCAUGAUGAGAUUUAUGGGAUUGAGGUUCAGUGUUAGUGAUAUUUACAUAAACAAUCAAGAACUUAUUCUAGUCAAAUUAAGGCAAAUCUAAUUUUAUAAUUAAUUGAAGUUAAUACUGAAUACCGACUUGCAGCAAACACAUUUUUUUGACAAACAUCAUAUAUAAUGUAUCGUGUGUAUAUACCGUGUAUUACGUAUUAAAAGUUGUUUUCAGAAGAACACAUGAAGAAACGCGCUAAAAAGACAUAAUUAUAUACUUGACAUGCUGGAAAUAACUAUUAAACCUUAUUAUAUAUAUGUGAGGUGUUUAGAAGAAGGUUAUAUAAAAACGGAAACUGACAGACGCAUACAAACAUAUACCUAUGUGAGGUUUAAAUAUCAUGGGCCAAACAUUAUUUGAAAGUGAUGACUCAUAGAGAUAUAUAAGAACACAUAGAGAUGUAUAAGCACAUAGAGAUGUAUAAGAACACAUAGAGAUAAUGUGAUUUCUGUGGUGGAUGAAUUCUAUUGAAUCCAACCCUAUAAAUGGGCUCAGGAGAUUUACAUGUAUAAAUAUUUUAUAAUCAUGAUAAUGCAAAGGUUAAAGUUGAAUUGUAUUUACAUAUUGUUUACCAAAUGAAUGUUAAAUAUUCUUUGUUUAAGGUCGAUCACAUCCAUGAAAGUUCAUAUAUGAAUGUUUCGAUAUUAAAACAUUAAUUAUGAUAUGACAAUGUCAUGAAUGUAUGAUAGUUCAUCCGGGUAUUAAACUAUGUUAAAACAUUAAUUGUGACAUGACAUGAAUGUUUGUGAGAUAAAAAUAAAAAGAAGAAAAUGUGGUAUGAUUGCAAAUGCAACUACUCUCCGAUAGGCAAAAGAGACCAAAUGACACAGAAAUAAAAUAUCAU